CUUCAUAUUGUAUGCAGAGGAAGAUGAGCCCGACGCCAGACGCAUGCAGUGAGUUUGCCCGGCAGCUGUACACGGCGGCAUUUGAAAAGGGUAUCGUGGGGCGCGACUGCAAUGCCGUCAUUUCGCCCAUCUCAAUACAAACCUCGCUAAUGCUGGCCUUAGUGGGUGCCGCGGGCAGAACGGCUGAGCAGCUGCGCACGGGCUUGCGGCUGGGACCCGGCGAUCUGCAAGAGAUCGGGAGCUGGUAUAAGGCGCUGUGGACGCAGCUGAGCAGCAAAAGCAAAGGCAAACGGAUAACUCUGAAGUCCGUGAAUCAUUUGUUUGUGAAUGAAAAGCUCCGCGUGCAGCAGGAGUUUAACCAAAUGGCGGAGGAGUAUUUCAACUAUAAGCCGGUGGCAUUGAAUUUCGCCGAUUCGACUGGAGCCACGCAGCAGAUCAACGAGCUGGUCGAGCUGGCAACGGAACACAAGAUUCGAGAUCUCCUCCAGCCAAAUGCUGUUGAUGCGGAGACAAGCGCCGUGCUUGUGAAUGUGCUGUACUUUAAGGGCCUUUUCAAGAAGCCCUUCACACCGGAGUGCACAACGCGGCACGACUUCCACAUUGAUCAGCACAAACGAGUUGAGGUGGACAUGAUGUAUCAGGAGGAUAAGUUCAAAUAUGUCGAGCUGCCUGAACUGGACGCGCGGGCCAUUGAGUUGCCCUUUGAAGAUUCCGAUAUCAAGCUGCUCAUAAUGCUGCCCAAUGAAACCAGCAGCCUACCUGAGCUGGAACAUCGGCUAAGCCUAGUUGAGCUUGCGGAUCUUGAUCAGCGCAUGCACUUGGCGGAUGUGGAAAUAACUUUGCCCAAAUUUUGCAUCGAAUUCGAUUUGGAACUAACAGAGACGCUCAAACUGCUGGGCAUUUGUGACCUGUUUGGCAAGGCGGCAGAUCUGAGUCGACUCUUCCAAGACGCCACAGGCCAGAAAAUCUCAGCUGUUAAGCAUCGGGGCUUUAUCGAUGUGAACGAGGCGGGAUGCGAGGCAGCAGCUGCUACCUAUCUUAAAAUCGUGCCCAUGAGCAUGAUUAUGCACCAGAAGCAGUUCAAGGUUGAUCAUCCGUUUGUCUUCUUCAUACGCAAUAGUAAAGCCAUUCUAUUUGCGGGUCGCUGUGUGGUGCCACAGUUGAGGAAGGUGCGGGAGCCCCAUCACCGGCACCAUGCAAACCGGAGCUAGAAAAUAAUUAAGUUGAAUA